AUGUCUUGUUGUUUUGGUAAUAAUACGAAUGGUACCGAACCUCAAAAAUCAAUAUUAGAACAAUCAGAUCUACCAUUAGAUCAACCAAUUAUACCAGUGACUAAACCAUCAGAUCCUAAAAUUGAAUAUUCAAUUACAGUAAAAACUGGUGAUUUUCGAAAUUCUGGUACAAAUGGACCUGUUUAUAUAAACAUAUUUAGUCGAGAUAAUAAACAAACGGAAGAUUUGUUAUUAACAGCACCUGACAAACCAUUUACACAGAGUAGUACAAGAAAAUUUCAAGUUUAUGCAACAGAUAUUGGUAAACCUCAACGUAUUAUUAUUCGACAUGAAGAUAAAUCAACUGGAUGGUAUGUGGAUUAUAUUGAAAUAUCAGUGCAUAAUUUUUUAAUCAGAUUUGUAGCUAAUCGAUGGUUAAAUCAAUUGAAAAAUGAUCGAAAAUUAGAUAUUGAAUUGUUUGGUUCAGAACAACCAGCGGUUCUCUAUAAUAUAGAAAUUCAAACAGGUGAUGAACAAAUUGAAAUAUUAGAUUCUCCGGUUUAUAUGCAAAUAUAUGGAACUACAACAACAACACCGAAAUUUUUUUUAGAAUCGAAAAAUCCUUCAUUUAAAAAAGAUACUCUAUCAAAAUUUAGUAUAUCAAGUAAUAAUGUUGGAGAAAUUGAACGAAUUGUAAUUGGUCAUGAAGGACUAGGUAAAGUUAAUGAUUGGUAUUUAAAGACUCUUAAAGUUCAAAUGCUUGGGCAACAACAAGAAUAUGUUGUUGAUAAAUGGUUAAGUCCGACACAAGGUGAGCAACGAUUAUUCGUAGAAUUAUCAAAAGAAAAACCUCCAUCUCCACUGCCAGCACCACCACCGCCUUCUCCGAAAUAUAUCAUAACGAUACAGACUGGUGAUGUACCGCAGCAAGAAACAACAGAAAAUAUUGAAAUAACUAUUCGUGGAUCGGAUGAACAAAUCGAUAAGAUAUUAUUGAAAGAUUAUGCAAAAUUUAACAACGAACAACUUUUUCAAAAAGGAAAUGUAGAUGAAUUUGAAAUCGAUCAUACAGAUAUUGGAAAUAUUGAAAGUAUAACAAUUGGUUUCAGUGAUAGUCAACAAAAUAUAGCUUGGUUAUUAGAAUCUAUCAAUAUACAAUACAAAGAGAACACUUAUCAUUUUCAAUCUCAAUGUUGGUUAUCAAAUCGUUUAGGAUCUAAUUUCAGUUGGGUGACAAUUAAGCCUGAUGAAAGCAAUGAUGAUAUUAAUUAUAAAGUUACUGUUGUAACCGGUGAAUCUGGUAUCGAUGCAAACGUGAUAUUAUGUAUCUAUGGUGAUGAUGAAACAACAACAACUAAUCUAGCUUUAAAAACAACAAAAGAUGGUUCGGAUGCGAAAUUCGAUAGAGAAAGUACUGUUGAAUUUGAUUUAAAAGCAGUCGAUGUUGGAAAAAUUAAAAAAAUAAAUAUUGGUCAUGAUGGUAAAGGUAGUGAACAACAAUGGUUUUUAAAAUCUAUUAAAAUUGAAAAAAAUGAUGAAUUAUACACAUUUACAGCUAAUCGUUGGUUAAGCGAAGAAAAAGAUGAUCAAAAAACUUUUAUUGAUCUUUUACCAGAUGAACAAAAGCCACCCACACCUGUACCUAUAAAAGAUCAAGCAAAUUAUAUAAUUACGAUUAUAACAAGUUCGGAAAAAGAUGCUGGUACAGAUUCAAAUGUAUUAAUGACGAUAUUUGGUGAUAAAGAUCAAACUAAACAAUUUCAAUUAAUAAAUACUAAACAAGGUGAAAAAGCAUUAUUUGAAUCUGGAACAACAAAUGAAUUUGAAAUGGAAUUAGAUGAUGUUGGAAAUGUUAAUAAAAUUAGUAUAGGACAUGAUGGAAUAGGUUUUCAACCUAAUUGGAAUUUAGAAUCAGUGCAAAUUCAAAAAGGAUCCGAUAUAUACAAUUUUGUUGCUAAAAAAGUUCUUGAUGAUUCUGCAACAUUUAUUGAUUUAACACCAACAUCAUCUAGUAUUAAAAGACAGUCAAUAUUUUUCUUUUCCUCAUCUAUUGUUAUUUUUACAGGAGCAACACCAAGUUCAGAAUCUAUCAAUAUAAAAACACCGCGUAGCAUUACACCUGAACAAAAAUCUAUAACAAUAAAAGAAAUAACAUAUAAAAUUUCAAUUCAAACUGAUUCAUAUCAAAAAGAUAUCAUGGAAGACAAUGCAAGUUUUUAUAUGAUCAUUCAUGGAGAAAAUAAUCAAACGCAAAAACUCUAUCUUAAAGAUGGAUUAACAUCCGACAAGAAAAUUUUAUUUGCAAAAGAUGAAAAAACUGAAUUUGAAUUUCAAACAAUCGAUGUCGGAAAAAUUAUUAAAAUUAUUAUCGGUCGAGAUGAUUCACAAACUACAGAUACAUGGCAUGUUGAUAAUAUUACAAUUAAACAAAAUGAUGAAAUAAUAACAUUUAAUGCGGAACAAACAAUUGAACCUAAUUCUCAAAUUGAAUUAUAUCCAUCAACUAUACCAAAAAAAACAGAAAUAACUUAUAAAAUAAUUCUAAAAACUGGUCCAUAUCAAGAAGAAGGAAAUGAUAGUAAUAUUUAUUUAACUAUAUUUGGGCAAAAUAGUCAAACAAAAAAAAUUCCACUUAAUAAAACAACGAAAAUCAAUAAGAAAAUUAUUUUUAAAAAAGAUGAUACAAUUGAAUUUGAAUUUAAAACAAAUGAUGUGGGAAAAAUUUCAAAAGUAAUUCUUAGUCAAAAUUUGAACGAACAUGGAAUUCGUUGGCAUAUUGAUAAUCUUACAAUCAAACAAAACAAUGAGACAACAACAUUUAAUGUUAAACGUAAAAUAGAAAAAUAUACUGAAAUUGUAUUAGUACCUUCAUCUUUACGAAAAAAAUCAGAAACAUCACAGAAAUUAAUCAAAACAUCAGAUAGUGUAUCAAAAGUAGUUGUUAAAAUAAAAGGUAAGUAA